AUGUCUGCUUCUCUCCCAGGGCAUCGGGCACUCCCCGAGUCACAAUAUGAUCUCAGCACGUACUGGGGGCGGGUUCAACAUACGGCCGGCAUUACGGAUCCGAGCACCCUCUUCGUUGGAAGUUCCGGACUCGAGCAGGCCAAGAAUCUCCUGGUCUCGUACAAGCAGGGCCAGAUCCCGUCCAUGAACCCCGAGCUAUGGCGGGCCAAGAAGAUUGUCGACUCGACGCUGCACCCAGACACCGGGGAGCCGGUGUUUUUGCCCUUCCGCAUGUCAUGUUUCGUGCUCUCCAAUUUGGUCGUCACGGCGGGCAUGUUGACCCCAGGCCUUGGUAACCGCGGCACGAUUGCAUGGCAAGUCGCCAACCAGUCCCUCAACGUAGCCAUCAACUACUCCAACUCCAACAAGUCGUCGCCGCUGUCCUGGUCCAAGAUCGCCCAGUCUUACUUCCUCGCCGUCACCGCGUCUUGCUCCGUCGCCGUCGGCCUCAACAGCCUGGUCCCACGCCUCAAGAGCCUCUCGCCUUCUACCCGCCUCAUCCUGACCCGUUUGGUCCCCUUCGCCGCGGUCGCCAGCGCCGGUGCACUAAAUGUCUUCCUCAUGCGCGGCGAGGAGAUGCGCACCGGAAUCGACGUCUUCCCGGCCAAGCCCAAGGUGACGACCGCCAACAGCGCAGCGAAGCCGAGCCCCGCCGUGGCCGUAGCCGUCGAGGAGAAGACUCCAGUGGAUGAAGAGAACAAUUCGGAGAGCCUUGGCAAGAGCAAGAAGGCGGCGACACUCGCGGUGGCCGAGACGGCGGCCAGCCGGGUUUUCAACAGCUCGCCGAUCAUGGUGAUCCCGCCGCUGAUACUCGUGCGCUUGCAGCGCGCCGCUUGGCUCAAGAAGAACCCGCGCUGGACGACGCCCGUCAACUUGGGGUUGAUACUUGCCACGAGUUUUGUCGCGCUGCCUCUGGCGCUGGCCGCGUUCCCGCAGCGUCAGCGGCUCAGGGCGGAGAGCCUUGAGAAGGAGUUCCAUGGGCGCGGAGGAGAGGGGGGUUUGGUGGAGUUCAACAGAGGUAUUUAA